AUGCUAACGUCGCCCUCCUUCUGCGAACUUGCGCAGGACACGGCGUUCCCUGAACAACACUUUCCACCCUCCGAUGCGGGAGAAAGCAACCUGAAUGCACCCAUGAUCGCGGCGCAGGCACCCGCUGAACUACGUUCCCGUCUGCAAGCAGACGUUGCUGUGACAAAAGCGAUCUACGAUGCCGACGGCUUGACCCACCACCGUCUCGUCAUCUCCAAAAUGAGGCUACGACAGCAACCACGCAGAAUACCACAAGAUAAGCGGCCAUCAGGUAAGUUAAAUACUGUUCUAUUAAAUCUGCAUGCACACCGCCCCAACUUCAGCAAUCAACGGACCCAGAGGCUGAAAGGCCUGCAGACUCCAGACGAUGACGCCACCGCGGAGACUCGCUGGUGUCAAAUGUGGAAUGCUAUCCUCUGCUCUGCCCAGCAUGUCUUCGGACGCCCAAGUCGCCAACAGCAGGACUGGUCUGACGACGGCAACGCAACCAAGGCGGCAUUCUUCACAUGUUGA